CACUCACCCACGCACGAUGAUGAUGAGGAUGAAGUGUUGCUUCCCUUUACGUUCGUUGGCACGCUAAAUUACCAUCGACAUAUGACGUAUAAGGUCGUAUACAUGCGUGCAUGCUCGGUAGUCGGGGCCCUGGCUUGGCGCUUGGCAUAACUAGAAGUCAAACAUCAUGAGCUCAUCGUCAUGGGGAAUUCCCCCUCCACCUCCUGCUGAGAAACAAGAUCAUCUAUAUUUUCCACCUGGGCACCACUCAUCCCACGGGGCACUUGCAAACAGUCUACAGGAUGGAUAUGCACCAGCUGGUUAUGCAAAUCAACAGUCUAUCUCUUUAGAGGAGAAGACACCACCCUUUCCACCAUCUUCGAAUCAAGCAGCAGAUACAUUUACAAAUCAGUACAGGAAUCAGAACCUGCCUUCAAAUGCUUCCUGUAACAACUCCUUUCCACCUGCACCAUUGGAAAACUCUAACGUGAUGGCUCAUCCGAAUCAACGAGUUGGUCAAGGUUUCCAGCUCCAAUCUAGGCCUCCACAGUAUCAGUCUAUGCCUCCUCGGCCACCACAUGGUAGUCAGUUUUGGCCGAGUGGUCCCAGACUCAACUCCGCACCCCCUUGCCCCCCACCUUUUCCUGUUCCACCUCCGCAUCGGCAUGAGCAUCAUCCAAGGAGUGAUGGCAGAGUUCAGCCAUCCACCAACAUGGUGAGAUACAGCCCUUCACUUCCUCCUCCUCCUCCUCGAAUGUUCUCUCAUCAGCCUCAGCAUCGAUUGCCAACAGAUUCAUCCCCUGUUGGUCCAGUGCAUGGACGGUGGAACCCAGGCCAAGGGCCAACGAAGGCCAACUUUCAGGGUGAAAGUGUUGAUAACGGUACCCAAAACAACUUCUCAUCACAUUCCAAACAAUCCAGCGGCAGAAGACUCCAGCAUGGAGGCUCCAAUCCGGCUCAGACCAGACUCCAACCUUACCAGUCCUUUAGAAGCAAGCCAUCAGAUAGGAGUAACCAGAACUCGUUCCCUGGGAAACCUGGGAUAGUACCGGGACAGGGUGGACUGCAUGCCACUGGGCAGGGUAUAAAGACAGAGGGUGACCAGCAAGAAGUGAAGGAGAGUGAGGAUCAAAAGUGGGUCAAUGAGAGGUCAAAGUCCCUCAUAAAACGUGGUGUAUCCAAAGAAGCAACCAAGCCAAUGGUAAAGAUAUCUGAGGCAAGGAUGCUCUUGACCAAAUUCAAGCAUAUGCUGGAUCAGCUGAAAAGGAAGAAAGAAGAGGCGUCAGAAACCCUGAUGAAGGAGAAUGAUGAAAGGAAAUGGUUUCAGCUGUGCAAAGAAAUGGAUAUGCAAACGGAGCACUUGUCGAAUCUACAAACAAGAAUAAACAACCCAGAGUUUAUCAAGGGACUCACACGGCAGAUAGAAAGAAGAAGAAGGAAGAGGGAUAGGUAUAGGAGACAUCGUAUGGAGGAAUGGGAGAUGAAAGAAGAGGCCCUCAGAGUACGGAAUGAGAAAAUCAACGCUUCUCUGGCUGCCGCUCUCCAGUCCAAACAAGAAAAAGAACAGGAAGAGGUACUACAGAAAGAAGUAGAUCAGGUCCUCUCGGAGGUUCGUAGGAAGAAACAGGAUGCUAACAAGACCAUGGAAUUAUACCGAGCUCUUCGAAAGCUAAGGCACCUCAGGAAGGAAUCUGCUGAGAAAAAAGUUGGAUACAAAGCACCAAAAGUGUUGGAUGAGAGGUUCGAAAAGAAGAUGUUAUUCUUGGAGGAAAUGAUGAACAAACAAAAGCUGUUGUAUGUCGAAGAAGAGAAAGCCCUUCAGGUGAUGUUAGAGGAGGAACAUGAAGAAACUAGAGAAAAGGCAAGACAGAAGAAAGAACUGAAAGACAGGAAAAAGGCAGAAAAAGCAUGGGAAGAACAGGAGGCGGUAAUCUUUGGAAACGCUGAAGAGGUAGAACUAGGACAUCCUUUAUUCAUGUUCAGACAGUUUUAUCAACAGGCAAAUCAUGAUCUCCAGUCAUUAAUUAAUAUCAGACGCCAGUGGGAUACGUUUAUCGUUCCAGAGUCCGAUCUAGCAGGAUCAAGAAUUCCAGUGUCAUGGGUAAUGCCCUCGGACCCUUCGAACCACAUCUGGGAAACAGCGAUCGUUGAUUCCUCUGGCACAUGACACUCAGAAACACUGUUGAAGGGCGUGAUCAGCCAACGUUCACGUCACAUCUAAGGAAACGGCCAUAGUUGAUUUCUCCGGUCCAUGACACUUGGGAGACAUUGUCGAAGGCCAUGUCUUGAUCUGGCCCUUCAAAUCACAUCUGGGAAACAGCGAUUGUUGAUUCUUCUGGCACAUGACACUCAGAGACAUUGUUGAAGGUCACGAUCAGCCACCCAUCAGGUCACAUCUGAGAAACAGCAAUUGUCGAUUCCUUUAUAACACAUUGCAUUCGGAGAUAUUGUCAUAGGACAUGAUCAGCCAUCCAAGUCACAUCUGGAAACAGCGAUAUUGAUUCCUCUGACACAUUGCAGUGCACUCAGAGACAUUGUCGAAAGAAAUGAUCAGCCAUCCAAAUCAUAUCUGGGAAACAGCGAGUGUUGAUUCCUCUGGCACAUCAUACUCGGCAAUAAUGCCUCUGAUCGAUCAAAUCACAUAUUGGAACCAAUGAUUGUUGAUUCCACUGGUAAAUGAUAGACAAACAAAGGAUAGAUAAGAGACCAUGUUGAAGGUUAAGGCCUUAGACCUUUCAGGCCACAUCUAGACAAACGUGGUUGUUGAUUUUUCUAGUAUAUGGCACUCGAGAAAAUGUCAAGGUCAAAGGUCGAGGUCACCAUCAUGAGAUUAAUGGUAAAGGUAACAUUUGUAAUGAUAUUAUGAAGGCCAUGUCAAUUCGAAUCAGUGAUAGGGCAAAAUGCCAUUAUGUGACCAGAGCUGCAAGGAUUGUCUAUUAUAUUCUAGGUUUUAACGUCAUCUCAGUGAAUAUAACAGCAUUACAUUCACCGAGGUAACGUCUGACAGUACUUACAAGCUGCAGCAUUGCAAUCAGGUAGUUUGCUUGAUGUACAGACUAGCUGUGUAUUUCAAUUAUGACGUAGACAUAUUGGAGCUGCUAGCAAGCAGUACGAGUUUGAAGGCCUCUGUCACAUCAAGCAUUGCAUGUGACUUGAGGGCAACUAUUUUUGCUACCCGCAGGUCGCCCGCAUUGACAGUAUCUCACACACAGUUGCCCACAGAAGCCCACACAAGUGUGAUUUGCAUGCAGAAAAGUUUUGAAAAUACUAAAAAAAUUGUUGCAAUGAGUUGCGGGCAAUCGCCCUCAACUCAUUCCCAAGGCUUGCAUGGAACGAUGUGACAGAGCGUUAACUUAUAAUGUAGCUAUUCAGACUCUGAGGGCGAAUCUACAUACACGUAGACUAUGUUAUGUAACAGAUUUCACCUGACUUUUUGUUUCGUAAGUAACAUCUCAUCUUACCUCCAAAGUAAGUAUCUUUCCUCAGCGCUGUGCACUUAUGGUAAAAUAUAAUCCUUGGAGAAAAUAUAACUCUGUUGGGGAAAUGGAAUGUUAUAUUCAACCUCAAAGCAGGCAUUAUCUUAUACUAUGCAUUGAAAUUAUUUUUUCUAGUGAUAACUGAAGUACUGGUCAUGGGAUGAUUUUCAAACUUGAAUCAUGUCGGCUAUGCAAUGCAUAUUGGAGGGAUGAUGAUUAGAUUUGGGGUCACAGGUUCAAAGGUCACAGAGGUCAUUGGUCCAUAGAUAUGCUGUCCUUAUAACUACUAAAUAGUUCUUUAAGGAUUCAACUUAAGAAUUCAUUCCAUGUUAAAAAAAAUUGAAUGGUAGGUUUGCUUUGUUUUCAAAUGAAUGCCUGAUAUUUGUUGAAAUGGAUUUGAAAUUAAUAUGUUAGUAAAAAACACAAUUUGUCUUGAGAGUCUGUCUGUGUACUUGAGUUGUACAUGAAUAUGGUACAGCAGGGAGAGGUGUUAGGUCAUUUCUUGAAGUAUACCAUCAGAAAAAAUGACACACCUAAAUAUAUGAAAAAACUCGUCAUGGACACAACUAUUUUUAUACCUCUUUGCCCCCCAUUGUCAAAAAGCAGUGAAUUUGUACAUGCAGAAAAAAAUGGCAUCUGAUAAAACGGAACAAAAUACUCUAUUUUCACAAUAAAAAGGCAAAUUCGUUCUAUUUUUUCCACAAUAGAUGUCACUAAAAAGGGAUGACUCUUACUUUUAUAAAAUCAUUCGAUCGGACAAAAUUAAUUUUUAAAGUGGCUUUUGAGGUGUGUCGGAAAGGGGCUUUAAAAAUCCAAGUCUUAUUAAGAAAUUGAAAGGUCACCUGUUUUAAAUUUUGACCCUGACCCUACCAAAAAAAAAUCAACCUUAUAAAAAGGGGGGGGGGCAUGAAUACAUUCAGAGUAUAUGUGCAAGAUGAGAUAAAAAUUGAGAUAAAGAAAGAAAUAGAUUGAUAGAUGUCGAGGGAAGGAGAGAGAAAGAGUGAGAUUAUUUUGUAACAAAAAUAUAUGUGGGUAUUAAGGAA